CCCUUCCUUUCUUUCCCGGCCCAGAAAGGCAGGUGUUCGCGGUGCGCCCCGGGUCAUUUCAGACCAGUCCAUAUAAGGGCCGGCAGCCGGCCCCGUCUCAUCAUUUAUCCUGGGGAAGCGGAGCUCGCUAGUGCUGCUUCAUCUUCUCUGCUGUCGCUUUGUUGCCACCAUCGCCAUCACCAUGAGCCCCUCGACGUCCCUGCUGCUGCUGCUGCUGGCCUCCUGCGUCCUGGCCAUGCCCACCGACCACCUCGAGGCCUCCGGACUGGGUCCUGUCGAAGCUGAAGGAGAUGAGACCGUCGUGGUGGAAGCCGGUGAUGCCAACAUGGCCACAGGAGAUGCCGCCUUUGCCAGCAACUUUGGAUCAGAUGAUAAAGGAGGCGUCAGUACGUCAUUUAGCGUGACAGCCUCGGGCUCCAGCGCCGGUAGCUCGUUCAGUGCCAACGCAGCUACAUCCGGUGUCGUACAGACAGACGGCCAGGCUUUCGUUGUGGACGGCGUCAGUGCGGAGUCAGCACAGAUUGCCAACCCGGCAUCGUUUGUUUAGAGAGCUCGAAACUGCUCAGGCGAGCUCGUCUUUCUGGAACUUUUCCUGUGGACUGUUUGUCAGUGAUGUCUCUUGAAAUACAUACACGUCGAAAGGGA